AUGGGCCAAGCCCAAUUUCUUCUCUCACUCGGUUGUUGCGUGCUUCCCCAUCGACCGUUCCUAAUCGCAUUGGACGCUGAAAGUCUGCAAUGCUGGGAGAGGCGAGAAGGAAAACCUACAUAUUCGUUGUCGUUGUUGCCUUCAGCCAUCGACCUCCACCAUCUUUGUUGCCUCGCCUCGCCUCGCCUUCAGUCAUCCAGCAGCUCCGUCGCAACUCACACGACUUCCACCAUCGAACUCCACCAUCGCCAUCGACCUCCGCCAUCAACGUCCGCCAUCAACCUCGACCUUUGCCUGCCUGCCAUCGACUCUGUCAUUGCCGACUGA